AAAAUAUAAUCAAGAAAGUAUAAUCGCAUAUUUAUGUAUACACAUAUGUAUGUGCAUACUGCAAUCGACGACUUGUUGCCGGUUCCAAAGGCCAUGGCCAUAUACCGUUGGAUUGCACUCUUGGGCACUUAGGCCACAGUUAACGGACAACCACGAUUGGAGUCUAGUCAAACAGAUAUAUUUUCUUAGAACAUGGCCAAGAUUUUAUCCGCCAAAAUUGGCCCAUCUAUCUUAAAUGCGGAUUUGUCGGAUUUGUACACCGAAUCUCAACGUCUGUUGGAUAGCGGUGCGGAUUAUCUGCAUCUAGACGUAAUGGAUGGUCAUUUUGUUCCUAACCUUACAUUUGGUCAUCCGUUGGUCAAAUGUUUACGAAAUAAAAUAAAAAACGCAUUCUUUGAGACCCAUAUGAUGGUUUCGGAGCCCGAAAAGUGGAUUUUGCCCAUGUCAGAUGCCGGUGUAGAUCAAUACACUUUUCAUGUUGAACCUGUUAUUGAUGUGCCAUCAGUUUGUAGAAAAAUUAAAGAGACAGGAAUGAAGGUUGGGAUAGCUCUGAAACCUGGAACUCCAGUAAACGUUGUGGUCGAUUACAUAGACAUGGCAGAUAUGGUGCUCAUCAUGACUGUCGAGCCUGGUUUUGGUGGUCAAAAGUUUAUGGAACCAAUGAUGAAUAAAGUUCGAUGGCUCAGAAAUAAUUACCCCACUUUGGACAUUGAAGUCGAUGGAGGAGUUGGGCUAAACACCAUACACUCUUGUGCAGAGGCUGGUGCUAAUAUGAUAGUUUCUGGAACUGCAGUGAUAGGUGCUGAAAAUCCUACGAAAGUGAUGGCAUCUUUAAAAGAAACAGUAACUGCUGUAUUGGACAAGCAUUAGAAAAAAAUUGACAAAUACCCAUAAUCUAAGAGGCUUUGAAUGAUUCAUCGUUAUUUUAUUCCAAUUUAUGUAUAUACUUUUUAUACGAUUAAAAACAUGAUGAUAAAGUUCAA